AUGUCUACUAGAACCCGUUUCUAUACUUUAGCCACCCUCGUCCUUGUAGACUCUACACUCUCCGCCACAGGGUACCAUGGAACAAAUGCUGCUCGCUGGUACCUAGUCCAUCUCGCUGCUGAUAGCGCAUGGAAAUAUCUUAUCCAAUUCCGUCAGGAACAUGCUGAUCAUCUCGAUCGUGAAGAGUUUGAGCACAAUCUUACUCGACUCCGUCAAGAACGUCAGGAUAGACAUGAUCGCCAGGAAGACCAGCGCCAAGAAGAUGAGGAUUUUAGGAAGUUUGAGGAGCUAUUCGAAGCUUUUCCAACAGACGCAGAGCGACUCGAGCUCCUUAAAGACCUUGUAGGCGAGCUAGAACAAGUGAACCCUGAAGCGGAUGUUAAAGCAGAGUUUUUGGCAGAGCUUGAAAAGCGGAAAGAAGAGAACCCUGAAGGUGGUGAGCCUUUCGCUGAGGAGUUCUUUGCUUGGCUUCGAGGUGAGACCGAGGAUUCUGUAAAUGCUGCUGAUGACAAGGAGGAGGAGGAAGACGUGAUCGUGUGCUUUUAAUUAGCCAUCGGAGCCAUUCCCUUCAUUUCUUUUGUUAAGGUAAGUAAAGUUGAUCUUUGUUACCUUUUUACCCAAACCCCUUUCCCCCUUUCCCAUACCCCAAUUGCCCCUACAUUAAAAUAAAUUCAAAAAAUACCCCACCCCAAACUAUAAACCUUCAUAAAACAUUGCAAACUACCUUCCCACAUGACUUCUCUUCCAAUUCCCCGACCGCUAUAUUUGACCUUCUGAACUUGAGAAAAUGGAUGUUUAUUCCACGAUUACUAUUCCUCCGAGAAGUAUAAUGCCACCUCAAUAGACACGUUUUGGCUUGUGUUAACCAGAUCCCAGAUCGCAUAGAUGAAAGUGAUUUGUUUGGAUAGCUUCUAGCUCUAAUAGUCGCGUGACCGAACAAGAUAUCUAAAGUUACAAGCCUUGGGUAAGUCCCCCACCUACCUUCCAAAUUGGUUUCAGUGUUAAUAGCAGAAGCUUGA